AAUUUCGUGCUUUAUAAACUAAAAUUUAAAGUUUUAAGAUUUCAAACAUAGAAUUCAUUUCAAAAUCAUAUCCAUUAUUAUUUGUUCAGAAACUACAUUUUUUUGGAUAAAGCGCAAGGUUACAACUUGAAAUUGACGUGGCCGAAAAACCGUCAGCAGAUACGUUCAUUACUUCAAUAUUUGUCAACACUAGUAUUGAAAACAGCAUUCUUUCAACAUGGUGCUGCUUGCUGCAGCUGUAUGUAACAAGUCUGGAAAAGCGUUAAUUUCCCGUCAAUUUGUGGAAAUGACAAGGUCCAGAAUAGAAGGCUUGCUUGCAGCUUUUCCUAAGUUGAUGAGUUCAGGAAAACAACAUACUUUUGUUGAAACAGAAAGUGUGAGAUAUGUGUAUCAGCCUCUUGAAAAACUUUAUGUUCUGUUGAUAACAACAAAAGCUAGCAACAUACUAGAAGAUCUGGAAACAUUACGUCUGUUUGCACGUGUGAUACCGGAAUACUGCAGAAAUAUGGAGGAGGCUGAUAUUGGAGAUCAGGCAUUUUCUCUUAUCUUUGCUUUUGAUGAAAUCGUAGCUCUAGGUUAUAGAGAAAAUGUUAAUCUUGCUCAAAUCAGAACAUUCACUGAAAUGGAUUCACAUGAAGAAAAGGUUGCAAUAUCUGUUAGAGAGACACAAGAAAGAGAGGCUAAGGAAGCAAUGAAGAAAAGAGCCAAAGAAUUACAGCAAGAGAGAAAAGAAGCUGGUAGAUCAGGGAAAGGAAUUGGUUAUGCAGGAGGCUUUGGUAGUUCUUCAUAUUCAUCAUCAUCUUCAUCCAGAGACAUUAUUGAGCCUACACCAUCAGCAGAAACAAAACCAUCAUACACAUCUGUACCUAGUAAACCAUCUGGAACUGGCAAGGCUCUUAAGCUCGGCAGUAAGAAGAAAGAUGUUGAUACAUUUGUUGGACAGUUAGAAUCAGAAGGACAAAAAGUUGUCAGUUCAGACACAUCAGUAUCAUCAACGGUAGCCAAAGCCUCUACACCAGCUGUUGAUCAGGACGGUGUACACAUCGUAAUGGAAGAAAAGGUUUCCUUAACGGCUGGCCGUGAUGGUGGACUACAGAGUAUGGAAAUUCUUGGUAUGGUCAAGGUCAAAGUCAACGAUGAACAAUAUGGUCGCAUUAAAGUACAAAUGAUUAAUAAUGAUAAAAAAGGAACACAGUUACAGACACAUCCCAAUGUGGACAAGAAAAGAUUUAGUACAACAUCCAAUAUUCAGCUGAAAAAUCCAGAAAAACCUUUCCCUCUGCAUCAAGAUGUUGGUGUAUUAAAAUGGAGAUAUACAACACAAGAUGAAUCUAAUAUGCCAUUAUCAAUAAACUGUUGGCCAAAUGAAACAGGAAAUGGCUGUGAUGUAAAUAUAGAAUAUCAGUUAGAGCAACCACAACUAGAAUUAAAUGAUGUAACAAUAAAUAUUCCUCUACCGACAGGUGUAGGGGCUCCAGUAGUCGGAGAUUGUGACGGGGAAUAUAAUUACGACAGUAGAAAGUCAAUGUUAGUGUGGAGUUUACCUGUUAUAGAUGCUUCCAACAAGUCUGGCAGCUUAGAGUUCAGUAUAGCCGGUCAUCCUGAUGAUUUCUUCCCUGUCCAUGUUAACUUUAUGUCCAAAAAAUCUUACUGUGAUUUACAGAUAUCUGAUGUCCGAUUAAUAGAUGGAGAACAGCCUGUAAAAUAUUCAUCGGAAGUUAUGUGUUAUACAGACAAAUAUGAAAUUGUAUGAUAAAUAUGUGAAAACUAAAAACAUUUUAUGUAAAUUGGGACUUGGAAGAGAAAGACAGCCAACCAACUGCCUGUUUAAAGUGCUACAAUGUCUAGAAAUUUAAUACUAUUCUGAACAAAAGAAUUUAGACCUAAUUCAAUGUUGGCUGGCUAGAUAAAGUGAAUCAUGGAAGAGGAUAUAAUAUUUAGGAGACUCAAAUUGUUGUUCCUGCAGCACAUACUAAUUUUGUAACAUUGGUUUUUGGUUAAAAAAUAGCUUGUUAAAAAAAGUUUUGUUACAAUGGCAUAGAAUAUAUAUCACAUCUAUUACAUAGACUUGAUACAAUCUGUAGAUGACCAUUCCUGUUUUAGAAGUCUUUUCAUCAGAAUGGAGCGUUGAUAUUUGUGUAGGCAUUACUGAGGAGCACCAUAUAAUAAUGAAUUGUUGUCUCAAUUUGUAAUUGAGUUUUUGUGAAAACUGUUAAACAUGUUAAAUAGAACUGUAUUUUAUGAGUAUAGAGUUAUAAACACUUACAUAGAAAAAAAAUCUAAUUUUUGUCAAAAACUAAACUUUAAAAGAAAUGUUUUAAAUAUGUUAAAACUUCAAUAAAAUGUGAUUCAUGGUUCGAAGGAUUAUAUGAAUUCAACAGAAGCAUCCAAAUAUAUAUGUAUGUUCUCGAGAUAGUAUUUAUAAUUCUAUAAAUGUUUCAUAAAUUCCUAUAUGUCUUUUAUCUUUCACUUUACAGACCUUUAGAUGUAUAGAAUUAAACAAUUUCCUACAAAGACAAAACUAUGAAAGUUGAAUUGCAUGUAUGUGUAUAUAACAAACUCACUUUAAUGGUUAGGAAUUAACUUUUAAAGGUUGUAAUUUAAACUAAAUUAAAUGUGAAGUCCUGAGGAUUUGUAUUUAAAGUUUUCUUGUAUAAGACAUGGUGGGUAGAGUUUUGUAACAAAAUUAUAUGAGGGGAUGUUGUUAAUUAUCAUUUUCCUGUACAUUAAAUGGUCAGGUAUUUAUAGACAUAGAAAAAAUUACAAAUCAUGAUCUUGACUUGAGAUUUUGGUAUAAGAAUCACAUUUAUAUUUAUGUGUCAGAGUAUGUUUCUACUUACAUAUGUUGUCUGAUGAUAGGACCAUUUUACUUUCAAAGGACAAGAUGAGAGGUUGAUUUUUAUCGAUAUUUUGUUCUGCAAUAUCUUUAUAUUUAGAAAUUACUACUCUAUUUUCUUAAUGGUUAUCUGAUUUUUUGUUAUAAAAAUAUUACAGCAUUGGAAACAUCACAUUAAAUUUGUUUUCAACUGAAAAAACAAAAUUGAUCAAAAUACAACCAUAUAUGGAUAAGAUUUAUCUACAAGAGCACACAACCUAGAAAGAUUAAAGUUAUAAUAGACUUUCCUGCAGGCAACAUUAUAAAAAAUGCUUCUACUAAACUUUUAAACCAAUAGGUAUUAAUUGAUGGAGAUUUCCUGUUGACAUUUGUUAUUGUUUCAACUUAAGGACCAAAAAUAGAUUAUGUAUAUAUGUCUUUUUAAAAGAAGAAUGUUUAUUUAUUGAAAGUGCUCUGAAGUAUAUAUUGUCAAAAAUAAAAUGGUCGAACAGUU